CAGGACGACUGGAAUUAUUUCAGUCCUCACAGGCUAAAUGAGAAGCCUUUAUAUCACCAAAGAUGUAUUGGCUUUUGGUCUCUACCUUGCUAGGACUAGGACUGUGGCCAACAGCUAUUGAAGCGUGUAAUACUGAUCUCAAUGGAGACAGUGGGGAGAUCUCAAUCAAUAAAACUUACUUGAGUAGGCCGUCAAAUUGCUCUUGGACAAUUGGUAAAGGCAGAAGUGAUAUCAACUUCAUAGUCAUCAAAUUUCAGCCAUUUGAUCUGGGUGGUAAUUGCCUUGAGUAUGAAAGUGUUUACGUUGAAGUUGCUGAUAUAUAUCAAAAGAUCAAAAUAAGAAAAUGUGGUGGAUGGCGAUCAUUUGAAGUUUUAAUCAAAAAUCGCUCAGCAGUAGUCAGAUAUUACUCGAAGAUACACCACUUAUAUCACUCCUACUGCGGUCAGUCGUCCUGGUACAGCGACUGGUCCUGCAGCCAAAAUAUCCGCGUCUCUUUCCAUAUCGUUUCACAAAUGCCAGAAGGUUCGAAAGCAAAGAGCUCAUGGAAACCUGCUUUAAAACAAUCCAAACCUGGUGAAGUUGUCAUUAAUUGGGAUCCUUUGACGCUACCAUCAAAGAGUUUUAUUGUUGUACCGUUGUAUAACUUUACAGCAAGUUGUGAACCAUUUCUCUACGUCAUUGAACAUAGAAAUGACACAUCGAUAGCAGUGGAAUACCUUCGACCAGCUACUUCAUACACGUUUAAAGUAGUUGCUUUCGAUUAUACGAACAAGACGAGGUCCCUCGAAAGCAGUACAAUUUCUGUUUUAAUGAAAAGUGACACAGUGAGACUCAAAGGUGGACAGCUACCUAAUGAAGGAGCAGUUGAAGUAUUUAAAAACGGUUUUUGGAAUAAGAUAUGGUAUCAUUAUUUAUGGUUAGUUGGUAAUCGUUACACGUGGGAUAUCAAAGCUGCCUCUGUUGUAUGUCGAUCAUUGGAUCUAGGAAGUCCUUCUAAUAUUAUGUAUUACAGAACAUUUAGUGGGACGUCAAUCCCAGUACAUUUUCUGAAGGGUUAUUAUCGCUGUAAUGGAACGGAGACCGCUCUUUGGCAAUGUUCAAGUAUUGAUUUUACAUAUCCAGUCAGUCAGACGCGCGAUAACAUUUAUCAAGCUGCUGUGGUAUGUGGACGUCCACCAGUUUUCCAGGAAAAUAUCACUGAGAUGACUGGCGUUAUAACAAGCCCUGGAUAUCCAUCAUCCAUGACGCAAGCCGAUUACCGCUGGACAUUCAUGCCAAAUUUGACACGUGGACGUGUGGUCGUUUAUUUUGAUGAACUAGAUUUAAGAAGAGGCGCUCAUGCUGCAAGUUACAGCAGUGUUUACAUCAAUGAAUUAGGCACAGUGUACCGCAACGGCUUGUACCAUGGAGUUAUGGCAGUGCUCAGUUUGCCAGGUCAACUUAAUUUCUAUUCGUCUUAUUCAACAAGUCGAGUUUUUAACAGAAAGUUCGGCAGGGGAAUGCGAGCAAGAUACUUUUCCUACAGUGAACCAGUGUCUACAUUAAAGAAUUGGACAUUAUCAUUACGGAUCCACAGCUACGAUAGCUUAACUGUUAGUUGGAAUCGGGUUAGUUUUCCAGACUACGAUAUCUUUGGAAUUUUGGUAUCCUGCAGUUCUACACAAGAUUGGGACAACAAAACUCAGUACAAAUUUGGAGACAGACAUUUGACAUCUGCAACUUUUAAUGGACUGAUGGGGUACACUAACUAUGACGUGCACGUCUUGGCUUUGUUAAUAAGAAAGGAAAAUAACGGCACUUGUACGGCAUACCAGAGUGUAACGAAUGUAACAACUCAUGAAUCAUUUCCAAGAAGUAGCCCUCAAGGAGAUAAUUCCACUAAUAUUACAACAAAUUCAGCAGUUAUUGUCUGGAAGGCAAUCCCCAGAAAAGAUGCUCAUGGUGUACUUCUUGGAUACAUAGUUAAGGUCUACAAUCGUGACACUAACAGCUAUGGAAAUGAAAUAAAAACCAACGACACAUCAAUCAUCUUAACGGGCCUUUCACCUUUUAACCAAUAUCGUGUGUCGAUUCGAGGCUACACUGCUGCUGGAACAGGACCAUAUACAUACCAUUAUUUUUCAACGACGUGUGAUAUCUAUCGCGAUGGAGACAGUGGGGAGAUCUCAAUUGAUUCCACCUACUUGAGAAGGCCGUCAAACUGUUCAUGGACAAUUGGCAAAGGCAGAAGUGAUAUCGACUUCAUAGUCAUCAAAUUCGAACCAUUUGAUCUGGGAUAUUAUUGCAAUAAUUAUCGACAGCUUUACGUUGAAAUAGCUGAUGCAAAUCGCGAGUAUAAAGUGAGGGAAUGUGGUGGAUGGCGAUCAUUUGAAGUUGUGAUCAAAAAUCGCUCAGCAGUAGUCAGAUAUUACUCAGAGAUAAAUUACUUAUACAACUGGUACGGGUACUGCCGCUGGUACAGUAACUGGUACUGGCAGAGGUACUGCAGCCAAAGUGUCAAAGUCUCUUUCCAUGUUAUUUCGCAAAAUUUGGCAGCAGGUUUGAAUGCAGAGAGCUGGAACCYUACUUUAAGACAAUCUAAACCUGGUGAAGUUAUCAUUGAUUGGAAUCCUUUGUCAUUGCCUUCAAAGAACUAUACUGUUAUACCGUUGUAUAACUUUACUGUGAAAAGAGAACCAUUCCUGUACAUCAUUGAACUUAAGAAUGACACAUCGAUAGCAGUGGAAUACCUUAAACCAGCUACUUUAUACUGGUUCAAAGUUAUUGCUUUCGAUUCUACGAACACGACGAGGCCCUUGAUCAUAAGCACUGCGUGGUCUGGUCUAAUGAGAAAUGAUACACUGAGGCUAAUUGGUGGACAGCUAUCCAACGAGGGAAGAGUGGAAGUGUUCAAAAAUGACUCUUGGAAUACGAUUUGCGCUUAUUAUUAUUGGCGGAAUACUGACAUUAACAGAGUUGUGUGUCGAUCAUUGGGUCUCCCCGGUCCUCCUCAUGUUCUGUAUUAUGGAGCAUACACGCGGACGUCAUUCCCAGCGCACGUUCUAGAGGAUUAUUAUCGGUGUACUGGAACGGAAAGCAGUCUCGAAGAAUGUUCACGCUCUGAUACACAAUCGAUGUGUCAGCAGUACUCCUUUUAUCAAGCUGAAGUGGUGUGUGGACAUCCACCAGUCUUUUAUGAAAAUAUCACUGCGAUGACUGGUGUUAUUACAAGCCCUGGAUAUCCAUCAUCCAUGAUGCAAGCYGAUUACCGCUGGACAUUCAUGCCAAAUUUGACACGUGGACGUGUGGUCGUUUAUUUUGAUGAACUCGAUUUACGGCGGCAGUGGCCUGAAACUGGUGUCAGCAGUGUUUACAUAAACGAAUCAAGCAAAGUUUACCGAAAUAGCUUAUAUCAUGGAGCUACAGCAGUACUGAGUUUGUCAAGCCAACUCCAGUUCUUUUCGUCUUCUUCAACUCGUCUAAUUAUCAACAGACCACAUGGCAAGGGAAUGCGAGUUCGGUUUUUUUCCUACAGUGAACCAGUGUCUACACUAAAAAAUUGGACAUUAUCUUUAUGGAGCAACAGCUAUGAUAGCUUGACUGUUAGUUGGAAUCGGAUUACUUUUCCAGACUACAAUAUCUUUGGAAUUUUGGUAUUCUGCAGUUCUACACAAUAUUGGGCCAACAAAACUCAUUUCAAAUUUGGACACAGCUAUUUGACAUCUGCAACUUUUAAUGGGCUGAUGGCGUACACUAACUAUGACGUGCACGUCUUGGCCCUYYUAAGAAAGRGAAAUAACGGUACUUGUACGGCAUACCAGAGUUCAAAGUCGAAUGUAACAACUCGUGAAUCAUAUCCAAGGAUUAGCCCUCAAGGAGUUAAUUCCACUGAUAUCACAUCAAAUACAGCAGUUAUUGGCUGGAAACCAAUCYCCAGAAAGGAUGCCCGUGGUGUACUUCUUGGAUACAUAGUUCAGGUCUACAAUCGUAACACUGGCAGAUAUGGAAAUGAAAUAAAAACCAACGACACAUCAAUCAUCUUAACGGGCCUUUCACCUUUGAACCGAUAUCGUGUGUCGAUUCGCGGCUACACUGCAGCUGGAACAGGACCAUAUACAUACCAUUAUUUUUCAACGACGUGUGAUAUCUAUCGCGAUGGAGACAGUGGGGAGAUCUCAAUUGAUUCCACCUACUUGAGCAGGCCGUCAAACUGUUCAUGGACAAUUGGUAAAGGCAAAAGUGAUAUCGACUUCAUAGUCAUCAAAUUCGAACCAUUUGAUCUGGGAUAUUAUUGCAAUAAUUAUCGACAGCUUUACGUUGAAAUCGCUGAUGCAAAUCACGAGUAUAAAGUGAGGGAAUGUGGUGGAUGGCGAUCAUUUGAAGUUGUGAUCAAAAAUCGUUCAGCAGUAGUCAGAUAUUACUCGGAGAUAUAUUACUUAUCCUACUGGUACGGGUACUGCCGCUGGUACAGUAACUGGAACUGGCCGUGGUACUGCAGCCAAAGUGUCAAAGUCUCUUUCUAUGUUAUUUCCCAACAUUUG